UGGGCCGGGGCUGAGCGAUGGCGGUGCCGUGGGACGCGGGGCUGGAAGGUGCACAGAGGGAAGGAAACCCUGUGCGGGGCCGCAGGAGCAGGGUCGGAGCUGGGAGCAGUUCUGCGGGUUGAUGCCCUGGGCAACGGCCGAGCGAAAGCGCCUGUGGCCCUUGGCUUUCCUGACCAAUUCCAUCAGCUGUAUACACCCCUUCACCCUUCCGGGCAGCCAGAUUUCGUGGCCUUAAGGCGCUGUGCAGGAGCAACACGGAAACUUGUGCCUAAAGGGCGGUUCUGUUUUCAGGGGAAGGAAAAGCCUUUUGAGGCCUUGUUUAAGAUUACCCGGAGUAAAAAACUGAUAAACUUUACGAGUCUGGAGCAGGUGCAGCCAUGCAAGAAGGCACACGCUUUGCUUCCUCAGGAGAUGAUGUUAAAAUAUGGGAUCCCUCAUCUCUAACCGUGGUGGAACAGUACAACCCACACACCCCCUCACAUCCUAUCAGCUCAAUAUGUUGGGCUAGCAAUAAUAGAUACUUGGCCACUGCUUCUGCCGCUGGUGAUAAAAUAGUUCUUUCAAGCUGUAAAAGCAAACCUGUUCCACUCUGUGAAGUAGCUGAAGGAGCAAAACAAACCUGUGUGAGCUUGAAUUCUAGUUCUUCCUAUGUUGUGAGUGGAGGCCUUGAUAACACAGUUAAUAUCUGGGAUCUGAAAUCCAGAAAGCUUUACCGUAGCCUUAAGGACCACAAAAAUGAAGUCACAUGUGUUACAUAUAAUGGGAAUGAUUCCUACAUUGCUUCUGGAUCCUUGAGUGGUGAAAUUAUCCUGCACAGUGUUACCACCAAUUUAUCAAGUACUCCCUUUGGCUAUGGCAGCUCUCAGCCUAUUCGACACCUGAAAUAUUCCUCCUUCAAGAAAUCCUUGCUGGGCAGCGUUUCUGACAGUGGCAGUGUGACUCUGUGGGAUGUAAACAGCCAGAGCCCAUACCAUCAUUUUGAGAACACUCAUAAAGCACCAGCUUCAGAAAUCUGUUUUUCUCCAGUCAAUAAACUGCUGCUCGUUACUGUAGGGUUGGAUAAAAGAAUUAUUCUUUAUGAUACAUCAAGUAAAAAGUUACUGACAGCAAUAGUAGCUGAUUUUCCUCUGACAACAGUAGACUUCCUGCCUGAUGGUACUACUUUGACUAUAGGAUGUGCCCGGGGCAAGAUCUGCCAGUAUGACUUAAGACAGCUGACAUCACCAGUGAAAACAGCUGCUGCUCACAAAGGCUGUGUCAAGUGCAUAAGGGUUCAGUUCAGCAGCACUUUUUCCAAGUCUAACCUUUCAGGUUCUUCAAAUAAACCUGUAUCCAAAAGAGGAGAAGUCAAAGCUGGUAAUAAUCUUGGAGGAAUUCAAAGUACUGGCAUAAAAAAUGUUGCCUCUCAGGCACCUGCAGUAUUGCCACAUGAGAAUAAGGGAGGAGAGGUACUUCAGGAGAAAACAGGUUUUCCCCACAGUUGCAGCUUGGAUGUGAUUCCAUCUAAAGAGACAGACCAUGGGAAAGUGGCUGAUGUGAGCAGUUUCAGUGACUUGUCUCGAAACAGUUUAGGAGAUGUGUUUUCCCCAGUCAGAGAUGAUAUCAUUACAAGCAAAGGGACUGAAGAUUCCUCUCAAGGAAAAGGAGAAGGUCUGGAUGUUCAGUCCUAUGUUUUGGGUUAUGAUUUUCUCCCACAGCUCCCUGCUGUCUUCCCAGUAAAAAAGCCCCCAGUGGGCAGCAGUGCACAAGGGGUAAGGUCCAGCCCCUUAGGUAAUGUACCUGUGGGAUCUCCAGUGAAAGAAGAACAACAACAUCCAGAGAUUGACACUAAGAAAAUAAAUCUUGGAAAGCAAGAAUCUAAAGAAGCCUUAAAGCAGCUUUCAAAAUCAAGCUCAUCAAAUGUGGAAUCUGUAGUUUUAAAUCCUCCUCCAUCACCAUCUGCUGUGAAGGUUCCUGAUACAAAUGAGAGACUAACGAAGAAUGCUCAGGCCCAUCCUGCAUAUGACCUACCAGUAAAUGGUACUACCUCAAGUCCAAAGAGAACAACCCCUGGCACUGCUGCAGUUGCCUGCUCCUUGUCAGAAAAAAUAGCAGAAAACAUUGGGAGCAGCAGACCAAAUGCACCUCUGACAUCACUCCAAAUCAGCUUCAUUCAGAAUAUGAUACAGGAGACCUUGGAUGACUUCAGAGAAGCGUGCCACCGGGAUAUUGUGAAUCUGCAAGUGGAGAUGAUCAAGCAGUUCCAUAUGCAGCUGAAUGAAAUGCAUGCUUUGCUUGAAAGAUACUCUGUAAAUGAAAGCUUAGUAGCUGAAAUUGAGAGACUACGGGAAGAGAACAAAAGGCUGAGGACUCACUUCUGAAAAGUUUCCACUGCUGUUUGUUUCUUACCCUGACCUCACUACAGGUGGUAUGUUGCUUGGGACAGAUCAUCCUUCACCACUCAAGAAGUGUUCUAUGAAGACCUGCUAUUAGUUUGGACAGGACUCUGCUAAAGUAAUGGUGCAAGAUAGCAUCUGUAAUUCUUAAGCACUGUAUAAAAACGUUUGUAUGCUCAUGCUAACCCCCUUGAAAUCCUAAAAGAAUUAAGUACAUGAUCAGAAACUUUUUAGCAAUAUUUGAAGUGCCUUUUUGUAAGCAAAAUCCAAGCAGGACAGAUGCCUUUUCUAGAAGUGGUUUUUGAUACACCUGCUUUUUCUAUCUACUGCUUUCUUUUACUGCUGUCAGAAACAAUCACUGUAGCUUGCCUUUCAGAUACCUGUCUUGGAGGAAAAAAAAGGGAGAGAAAGCUCUUUUUCUGGAGGAUGUGGACUCUUGAUUUGAGAGUUGGGAAGUACAGCAUUCAGUUGACUUUAUUCAACUGACAGCUCUUCUGUCCUGAGUAGAACCAGAGCUUGAAAGUAUUCCCAAGUCCAGUGCCACGAUUUUUCUUCCUCUAUUCCAAGUCUGAAACUUGUGCUUGUCUGCUGUGAACUUUGUUUCAAACACUGCUUCAGCUGCACAAGGAGAUCUUUGUUACAACUUCAGCUAUGAUGCUGGAAUUCCUUUUACAUACAAGCUCUUUGUCAUAGCUUGUCCAACAUGAAUGCAACCCUAGACUUCAAAAUGUAAGUAUAUACUCAGCCUUUAAUAAUGUAGUCCUGUAAGCAUCAUCUUUCAGGCUUUGAGCACCUUUUUGUGCACCUCUGGCUUGAAUUCUUGGUGGACAACACUUAACAUUGGAGCAUUUGUGUUGUAGUUCUGCAUCUUAACCUGUUUAGCCUGAUUGUAGCCUUUUGGAGAUAGCUGCAUACCAAAUCUUAGCAUCUUAGUGGUGUUAUUAACAAAACAAAUACUAAAGAGAACUCAUUGCUUCAGGAGUGUAAUGGUCUGAAAUGAAGCUCAGCACAAAGUCCUGACUGCUGAAGCUCGUGGGAAGUUUGGCUUGGCCUUUAUUUGUGCCAAGAGAUUUAAAUAAAAGCUUCAAAUUGAAAUUAAUAAUAAUAAAAAACCAUCUUAAUACUCUGAAAAAAAACACCUUUUUUAAAACUUAUUACUUAAAUGGUUCUGGAAGCUUCUUAAUUUUCCUACUACUGCUUGGUUGUUUCUUUCUACAUAAACUUUAAAGCUCAACAAGGAAAGUCUGAGAAGGUGGUGAAUUAGUUCCAGCAUCUAGUGUUUAAAUCCAUCUGCUGAAUCAGAAAGCCAUAAUAUAUAGAGUGUAACUUAUUUUUAUAUGUUGAAAACCAGAAAAGAACCAACCCACCCUUAUCUUUACCUUUUCCCUACUUUUAGCCCUUUUUUAACAACAAAAAGAAGUCAUUCACUUCCUUUUUUGUUUUUUUUUUUCCCACUUCCAAGUCAGUUAAUGACAAAAUCCUGCAGCAAAAUGAAGCUGUUCAAGCUGCCUUUAAGGACAGGAUUUUAAAUGUCUGCAGAUCUACUGCUUUUAAAAAUAUUUCUGCAUCACUUCCUGGUGAGUGGCAGCAAAGUAAGGUAAUUUUUGGGUUUUUUACUAACUUAACACACAGUGUAAAAGGCUUUUCUGUUUGUUUUGAUUCAGUUCAUAGGAUGUGUAAGCUUGGCACGUUGACCACAGUUGAUGGUGACAAUAGUAGGUGGAGGUGGCAAAACCAUUUUGUUCUUCUGGGUGCUUGGCAGUGUUAUUUAAUUAACCUUGCUGUUUUUGCAUCUCCUGAUCUCUUCCCCAAGUGCUCUUGCUGGGUUCUUGCUGUCAUCUAGGCUCUACCCAGAGGAUGGCAGAGAAUUAGACAAAUACCUUGGAUGUGUGGCUCAUAGAUAAUUUGUUUCCAUGGCUUAGAACUGUUGAUGUUUUUCUUAACUCCCAGAUGGAGGUGGUUAUAGCAAGAGUGGUUAAAAAGAGAUCUUUUGGCCUUCUUAAAGAAGAUCUUUAGGGCUUCUUUUGUUCUCUCUCAGGACUAUUGUGGCACAAGUAGCUACAUAUACUGUGUGGAGACCCCAUAUGCCUACCACUAGAGGGGUGCAUUUUGCCUUGUACACAAAUAUGAUUUGUAUGUUAAAAUAAAGCCUGUUUUAACCUUUUGGAAGAAAAAAA